UUCUGAAGAAAAAAGACUGUAUUUCAAGACUACAGUUUGACAAUAUACAUGUGCAUUGUACCUUGUAUUAUGUUCGCAGACUAAUGAAAUUUCACCUGAUAUUUAGUGGUUUUUUGGGGGAAUUCUCUUUUUUGGAUGAGGCUUUGUUUUUUUCUCUAUGGUAAUGAACAAAAGGCUUGCAAAACUUUCAUUGCAUGUCUCUACUAUUCACAAUUUUUUUAUUCAUUAGAAGAAAUUGCAGGUUUUUAAAUUUUGUUUCCAACAGGGUCGUUUCCCAGCCUAUUUCUGCAUGGACACCAAGAAUCCCAAGGAGGUCCUCCUGGAUCCCAACCACACCCACUUCAUCCUGGUAGAUGAUGGGACAGUGGGCAGCUUCGGUGUGGAGAUCAAAUUCCGAGCCAAGAUGGAGAAGGAAAUCUCUGAGCAGAAGGUGUAUGGAAACACAAAUGUGUCGGUACCGGUAGUGUGUGUGGUGGUGGAGGGAGGACCCAAUACCAUUUUUACGGUCUUCGAGGCUUCAAUCUUUUUGGCCAAAGUAAUAGCAUCUGCACAUGAGUUAAACAGACAAAACUAG